AUGCGGUUUUUUUCCGUUUGCUGGACACUUACUCUUUUAUUUUCUUCCGGAUUCUGUGCUAAAUUUCAUGACGGACAGUAUGAAUCUGCACCUCAUAUUAUUAUCUUCAUGGUGGAUGAUUUGGGAUGGAAUGACGUAAGUUUCCAUGGAUCCAGUCAAAUUUUUACGCCGAACAUUGAUGCUCUGGCUUACAACGGAAUAAUAUUGAAUAGACACUACACAUUGCCGUCAUGUACGCCGACCAGAGCUGCAUUUAUGUCGGGGAAAUAUCCGAUACGGAUGGGAAUGCAAGGGGAAGGAAUAGUAGGCGGUGAACCACGUGGACUACCAUUAAACGUACGAAUUCUCCCGGAGUAUCUCCGAGAUCUUGGAUACUCUACGAGACUUAUCGGCAAUGGGUUCGAUUUGCACCGAGAUGAUUGUCCGGCUCACGACAUUCGCAACCAAUAUGCUACGGAUUUGUUCACUGAAGAAGCAGUACGUAUAAUUGAAAAUCACGACUCGACGAACCCGCUGUACCUCCAAUUGAGCCAUCUCGGUGUUCAUGCUCCGAUAGAAGCGCCGCUCGACAAUCCUUAUAUGGAAAACUUUGCUCAUAUUCGUGAUCCAAAUCGCCGGAAAUAUGCCUUGAUGGUAUCGCGGAUUGAUGAGUCAUUAGGUCGCAUUGUUGCGACUUUAGGUGAUAAGAAUAUGUUAAAAGACAGUAUAAUUACCAAGUAUACGUUGUACGAGGGUGGUGUGAGAGGUGUAGCAGCAAUUUGGUCUCCACGAUUGCACGCAAUGGCUCGUGUAGCGAACAACCUAAUGCACGUGACCGACUGGCUCCCGACUUUGUACUCAGCAGCUGGAGGGAACGUCGUAGAUUUGGGCGGAAUCGACGGCGUGGAUCACUGGCCGCACUUGAACCGGGGCAGAGAUCCUCCCCGUCAUGAACUCCUGCUGAACAUCGACGAGGAGUCUAAAACAGAAGGAGUUAUAAAGCGCAAUUAUAAAUUAGUCCGCGGUACUUACAAGCGCGGGUACUACGACCAGUAUUACGGAGAGUCUGGAAAAAAUCACGACUCAGUUGCCUAUAAUUUCACUUUGGUCCACACCAGCGUGGUCUCUUCGGCGAUCCACGCUCACUUGGGCCACCCAAUGACCCAGCCGACUUACAUGACUCACUUAUGGGAGAAUGCGACAGUUGUGUGCGAGCACAAAAGUACUUUUUCUUAUUGCAAUGAAACAGAGUGUCUCUUCAACAUUCUUACGGAUCCCUGCGAGAGGACAAACAUCGCUAAAAGAUAUCCAAAGGUUGUCUCCGAGCUGGAUAUGAUCUUGGAAAAAUACGGCAGUGUAUUAGUGAGGCAGCCGAGGCUGCCAAUUGACGAGAUGGCCGAUCCUAAAAGACGGAACGACACCUGGGCACCCUGGCUUGAUCAGGGACCAACUAUCUACCCUUGGCCAGGGAACAAUGCAGCAGCAACAAAGAAACCUCAUAUUAUUGUUAUACUCGCCGAUGAUCUUGGGUGGAACGACGUAAGUUUCCACGGUUCAAAUCAAAUUCCCACGCCAAACAUCGACGCAUUGGCAUACAACGGUGCAAUAUUAAAAAACCACUAUGUCCUGCCAGUGUGUACGCCAUCAAGAACGGCAUUCUUUACCGGGCGUUAUCCGAUAAGAGACGGUAUGUAUGGAUAUCCUCUGAGAGCUGGAGAAGCGCGAGGUAUUCCAUUAAAUACAACUUUACUUCCUGAACAUCUCCAUCGUCUUGGAUACUCGACACAUAUGGUCGGUAAAUGGCAUUUAGGAUACCAGUCAGAUGAAUAUACACCAGCAAGGCGCGGAUUUGAUACUUUUUACGGCUACUACAAUGGCUACAUUACAUACUUUAAUUAUACAAUCACAGAACGUGGCCAAACAGGCUACGAUAUGCAUCGAGAUGAUGCUCAAGAAAUAAAAGCUGACUGGUCUCACACAAAUGAAUACGCAACUGAUGUAUUCACGGACGAAGCUAUCAGAAUCAUUGACAAACAUGACAGAAGUCAGCCCUUGUAUCUUCACAUAUCUCAUCUGGCUCCACAUGCCUCUGACGCCGAGGAAACACUCGAGACACGUGAUUUUGCAGAAGUUAAUCGCACAUUCGCUUACAUUCGUGACCUUCAGCGGCGUAAAUAUGCUGGCAUGAUGACCGCGCUGGAUGAAUCAGUCGGACGAGUUGUUGCAGCCUUAAGCCAGAAUAAUAUGCUUGAAAAUUCAAUCGUUUUAUUUAUGGCUGAUAAUGGUGCUCAGACCGUAGGAUUCCUUGAGAAUCAUGGAUCUAAUUAUCCAUUACGUGGAUUAAAAUUCACACUCUUCGAAGGAGGCGUUCGCGGAGCAGCUUGUAUAUUUUCCCCAUUAAUAAGACAAAAGGCCCAAGUCAUCGAUGAUCUUUUCCACAUGACUGACUGGCUGCCUACUCUGUACAGCGCGGCUGGAGGUAAGACCGCCGACUUGGGAGUGAUCGAUGGUGUUAAUCAGUGGCCCACCAUCAGCCGAGGAAAAUUCGGUAGACGUAAUUCCUUGUUGGUUAAUAUUGACGAGGAAAAUCUUGAAGCAGCUAUCUUUGGACAGUACAAAUUACUCAAAGGAGCCGGUCGGUUGUACAACGGCUAUUACGGUGACAAUGUUGAUGAUAACGAUCCGUCAGCCCCGGCGUAUGAUGUAGAUGCAGUAAUAUCCUCACCCGCCAGCCAAGCUAUUGCAGAUACAACUGGUAUCAUUAUGACGCCGAAAAAAAUAUUACAAUUACGUUCCAAUAGUAUGAUUGUAUGUAAAUCAUUUAAUAAGUACGCCAACUGUUCAAGUCGUUGUCUAUUCGAUCUCCGGGUUGAUCCAUGCGAAACGACUGACAUUUCCGAGCAACAUCCUGAGAUGGUUCAAACACUCGAGCAUUACAUUGAUAGCUACCGAGGAGUAAUGCAAGAACAAAGCAAAAAUCCAGUGGAUCCAAACUCUUAUCCUGCCCUGAAAGCUGACAAAGUUAAAACGUCACUCGCACCCCAGCGACGUACUCUUCUUUCCGACAACCAAAAGUGUGCAUUUGUCAACUUGGCCCUUUCUUCACCCUGA